CUAAAACACCCAGUUUUUGUUGUAAAUUUAACGAUUUAUAAGUAUUUUAAAACGAUGGGCCGCACUGAAAUAAAACCAUGAAAAGAGAAAAAAAAAUUUAGCAUCUUGAUUAUGGUUUUUAAUUUAAAAAGUUUAAAAACUUUUUUUAUCCUUUAAACUUCAUUAUUCCAAAAGUUUAAGUUUCUCUUUCAAAGUUAAAAAAUUCUAAAAAUGAAAAGUAAAAUUUGAAUUUAAGAGUGAGAAAAACUGCAAAUGUUAAAGUGGGCAUUUAACCCCGCCUUGAGACCAACAGGUCCCCCUGUGUUUAAACCUGAAGAAGAAAAGUUUCCUUCUCCCACUGUUUCUAAUGGUUUGGUGCAAAAACUAAACAACCAGCUCAGCAAUGCGUCGGAGGUUUAUAAUUUGUCUAUGGACACUCUUUACGAUGCAUAUACAACCUCAAAUAGAAAUAUAUCGAAGAGAAUGUCAAAGUUUGGGACUCUACCGAGGAAAACUAAAAACAAAAAUGUUACUGAGUUGACAACUGCAGACCUUCUGGAAACAAUUCUUCAGGAAAAUGAGGAAAACCUGGAGAUGUUAACUAACCUGGAAACUGAGGAGGCAGAAGACCAGAUAGAAGAACAGUUUAAGUUUCUUCAGAACCUGGACUCAAUUCAAGACGAACCUUCAAUUCAGAACUGCACAGAUGUUAUUUAUUCAGAAGAUACUUUUUUCAAGAUCACAGGGGGAGGUUCAAUUUCAAGUGAUGUGGUUGACACUGAUACACAGUGUACUGAAGAUACACUCGAUAGUAGUAAAAAGAAUGCCGAUGAAACAAUAACUGUUAGGAUUCGGAAUCCUGAAGAUGCAAAUAAGAAUGUAAAAGAUACAAUUGAUACUGGUUUAAAGGAACCUUUGGAUACAGAUGAUAGUGUUUUAAACAAGAAAGAAGAUACAAUCGAUAAAUGUUAUUUCUGUAACGAUUGUGGAGAAAUGAUUACUGAAAAGAUGGUUACUGUGGGAUUAGAUCGAUACCAUCCACUUUGUUUCAAAUGUAUAAUCUGUCUUAAACCAAUUGAAGGUAUAUUUUACAAAACUGAAGAGGGUGGACUAGUUUGUGAUGAAGAUUUUAAGAAGCUACAGGAACUAAAAAAGGAAGCAGCGGCACAGGGAAACGUGUGCGAUGGAUGUAAAAACCCUCUGAACGGGAAGUUUUUAAAAGCUGGAGAAAAUUUGAAGUUCCAUUUGGAUUGUUUCAGGUGUUCCAAUUGCAAGGAAAACAUUCUGGGAACAUUCUUUGAAAAAGACGAUCAGAUUUAUUGCCAACUAUGCUUUGAAAGAGAAAAGGCCAAGAAAUGUACCAGAUGCGGGAAGCCUAUAAUACAAUUACUAAAUGAGGGUUAG